AUGGAGCAAGCAGAUCAUGCUAAAUCUGUCCUCGAGUCUCCUCUAAUUCCAAAUUCUGAAGAGAGUUUUGAUCAUGGUGCAACUCUGUCCAAGAAAUUAAUAUGUGACAAAACAGAGAUAAUGGAGGAGUUGAAAAUGCAAAUGCAUUUGGCAGGACCUCUGGUUGCGGUUAGUUUCUUACAAUAUAGCUUACAGAUGAUUUCUGUCAUGUAUGUUGGCCAUCUUGUUGAGCUAUCUCUCGCGAGUGCUUCCAUGGCUACUUCUUUUGCCGGAGUCACUGGUUUCAGUUUCAUGCUGGGAAUGGGAAGUGCACUGGAGACACUCUGUGGACAAGCAUAUGGAGCAAAACAGAAUCCCACUGGUGUAUACAUGCAGAGAGCUAUGCUUGUUCUUACAUUUGCAAUUCUUCCUAUAGCAAUUCUGUGGGCCUUUACAGAGCAAAUUUUCACAACCCUUAAACAAGACCCCCAAAUUUCAUUGGAGUCAGGGAUAUAUGCUCGCUGGUUGAUCCCUAGCAUUCUUCCUUUCAGCCUUCUUCAGUGUCAAUUAAGAUUCUUGCAAACCCAGAAUAAUGUAUUCCCAUUGAUGAUAAGUACCGGAGUCACAAGUUUGGUUCAUGUCCUUACUUGUUGGACUUUCCUUUUCGGAUUUGGAUUUGGGAGCAAAGGAGCCGCCCUGUCUUGUGCCAUCUCUUAUUGGGUCAAUGUGUUUAUCUUGGCUAUCUAUAUCAAGUUUUCUCCAACGUGUCGGAAAACUUGGACGGGUUUCUCCAAAGAGGCCCUGGAAAAUCUCCACAGCUUUCUUGGAUUAGGCAUACCUUCAGCUCUUAUGGUCUGCUUGGAAUACUGGUCAUAUGAGUUUUUGGUUCUCAUGUCGGGCCUUCUUCCCAAUCCCAAGCUAGAAACAUCAAUGAUGUCGAUCAGUCUAAACACAAGUUCAGUGGUCUUCAGGAUCCCCUAUGGUUUGGGAAGUGCUAUAAGCACAAGAGUUUCAAAUGAAUUAGGGGCAGAGAGACCUUAUACUGCGCGUCUUGCAGUGCUGAUUGCCAUAAUUUUGGCUGUCAUGGAGAAUCUUUUUCUAAGCUCAAUUGCAGUUGCUGCAAGGGACAUACGGGGCUGUAUGUACACCAAUGAAGUGGAGGUAACAACAUAUCUGGCAUCCAUAAUGUUAGUGCUGUCUAUAUCAAACUUCAUGGAUGGAAUGCAGGCUGUAUUUUCAGGGAUUGCUAGAGGAUGUGGUUGGCAGAAGAUUUGUGUGUAUGUAAAUCUAGCAGCAUAUUACCUUGUUGGCCUUCCUUCGGCUAUAAGCCUAACAUUUUUCUUCCAAUUUGGAGGAAAGGGACUUUGGAUGGGAAUCAUAUGUGGGAGUGGCCUACAAGCACUUUUGCUUUUAAUCAUUACAAUGCGCACAAAUUGGAAGGAAGAAGCGAAGAAGGCCAAGAAAAGAGUGUUUGCCUCCACAAUUCCAACGGAUACGGCAUCAUGAAGGCAUUAAGCUGUUUAAUCUCUACUUUUAGCACUCGAAUUUCAUAANAAUAUGCA